AUGAACUGCGCGUUGGCCAUUGUCUCGGAGGACGGAGACCUGUCAUGGUCGGACAGCCACAGUAUGGCCUCUGAGGGAAGCUCGUCUAUCGCCAUGCCCACCUCUCCCAUGUGGGCACGUCCCAGAACGACAACUCGAAUAGACACCGGCCAACUAUCCCCCAUCAGCACAGAACUCGAAAUCCGUGCAGUUGAUGGUGUAUCUGGCUCCUCCGUGCCGACCAUGGUCCAUUCCGCCACUUCCUCUUGUACAGAUGCCUGGAGUGCCACUUUGUAUGACAUGGACCAAAGGGACGAUGAUGACCACGACGUGGAUUGGGAGAGGGAGUCCGAUGAUGUGCUAACCGUGCCCAAGUUGGAGCCUGUGGAGGACGAUGACUUCCAUAUGGACGAUCUCAAAGAAGCCCCUCGUACACCCGUUCCGGAGCCAAAGACAGCCCCACCGGCGCCGAUCAAGAUCAAGAGACCCCGUGGGAGACCACGGAAACAUCCACUCACCACUCAGGUAGCAGCCAACAAGGUCGCCAAGGGACGGUCCAAGACUGGGUGUAUCACUUGCCGGAAGAGAAAGAAGAAGUGUGAUGAAGCUAAGCCACGCUGUCUGAAUUGUGAGAAAAAUGCUGUUGUCUGCGAGGGAUACCAUGAAAAGACCAUCUGGAAAAGUGGACGCGAGAGAGCAGAAGAGCAACACACGAAGCAUAGUCUUCCGCACAUCACCCUCCAGCCAAUAUUCCAAGGCGUCGAAACGCCCGAAGACAUGACCUUCCUGAAUCAUUACAUCAGCCACUUGAGUGGUGUUCUUACUGUCGAAGGCCAACACAAGAAUGCCUUCAAGGACAUGCUGUUACAGAUGGCGGUGGAGCAUCGCGGCCUCAUGCAUUCCAUCUUGUCAUUAGCCAGCAGGCACAUCGACUACGAUACUCCUUAUGGCGUCAAGAUCCUCACUCAUAACGCCAAGAUCAAUCGCGCUUCUCUGGUGGCUAGGUCACAGUACCACCAUAAAUCGGCCAUGGAGAAACUGUGCGAGCCUCUGGGGGGUGACAACGAAUCGGGACACAUGGUCAACCUGUCUCCUCGCUAUGGGCAGAUGGUUUGUCUUCUCCUUCAGACUCUUGCAGAAGGCAACUCCAGCGGGGAGCACCGAGUGCAUCUCCAGGCAUACAAGAACCUGAUCCACCAGUCGCCCCCUCCAGACUCUGCAUUUCUCAUAUUUAUAACCGAAUUCUUCCAGUACCGCGUCUUUGCGGACGAACUCAUACGUUACCCUAACAUACGAACCCCACGAUUGGCGACCGAGGAUUGGGAGCCGUGGGUGGCCAUCGAGCCUGCACGUUUGAUCGGCAUCGGCGACGGCUUGUUCCACUACCUGGCACAGAUUACGACGAUUCGGAACACGAUCAGAGCCAACGUAGCUGCCGAGGUCGACCCUGUCGUCGACUAUACUUCCCUAUAUCGAGCCGCCGAGAUCGAUGCUACCAUCCGAGAUUGGACUCCGCAUUGGCCUCCGGGAGACAGCCGCGACCGUGUCGGUCUUCUGUACAAGCAGAUGAUGUGGGUGUAUCUGUUUAGAACAAUCUAUCCACCAUCAUCGUCAUCAUCACCGCCUCCCCGAACGAGCAGCUCGACGGAGAGCAUCUUGCCUCUUUCCCCAACAUCGCAACCUCACUCAGUGCACAGUCCCGCUCGUUCAGAACGGCCAACGAGUAGUCACGCUUCGCCUCGAGCCGAAUCUCCCACUCCAACCCGGUACCCUCCCCAUCACGACAAUCGAAUAAAUCUGGCGGUGGACGAGUCACUGGCGAUUCUAGAUUCGUUCAAACCAAGCGAUCCGGUCCAGACCCUGCUCCUCAUGCCCAGCCUGGUCAUCGGCUGCGCAUGUUUCGCCCCUGCCCAGCGAGAACGCGUCAGGGCAGCCGUUCGCACGGUCCACGGGUACACUGGUAUGCGCAACUGCAACCGCGCCGCCGAGGUUCUCGAGGAGGUCUGGCGGCUCAUGGAUCGCGGCGAAUGGGCCCGCGUGUGGGACUGGCAGGGCGUCGCGAGGAGCAUGGGUCUCGACUUCUCAUGCGCCUAG